GGAUAAAAACACGUGGACCGUUCAUUUGUUGGUUAGAAUCUGAAUUUGAAAAUUCAAAAAAAAAAAAAAAAUAAUGGCCGAUCUAUUAGAUGCCGAAAUGGCAAAAAUUGAAGAUUAUAAAACUGAACAACAACAACAAAAAAACAACAAUGAAGAUUCAGAAUUCAAAGUAGUAGUGGGUAAAAAAUCAAAAAAUAAACGUAAACUAGAUGAAAUGGAAAUCGAUGAUGAUAAUAAAUCAUUGCCAAAACUACCAAAUUUUAAACCAGUCGAUGAAAGUUCAACGUAUUCAGGAGUGGAAUAUCGAAAAAUUCAGGUUCCAUUAAAUCGUUAUAAACCAUUGAAAGAGAAUUGGCUACGAAUAUUCACACCAAUUGUUGAACAUCUUAAAUUACAGAUGCGUUUCAAUAUACGUACCAAAUGUGUAGAAAUACGUACACCACCUGGAUUAUCGGAUAAAUGUAAUAUACAAAAAGCAGCCGAUUUUGUACAGGCAUUCAUCUUAGGAUUCGAAAUUGAAGAUGCACUUGCAUUGAUUCGUUUAGAUGAAAUGUUUAUUGAAUCAUUCGAAAUACAAGAUGUUAAACGAUUAAAAGGUAAUCAUUUAAAUCGUGCAAUUGGUCGUAUUGCUGGCACUGGUGGUCGUAUAAAAUUUACUAUUGAAAAUAUUACGAAAACACGAAUUGUUUUGGCUGAUUCCAAGAUUCAUAUACUCGGUUCAUAUAAUAAUAUUCGUGCAGCACGUACGGCUAUCUGUAAUCUAAUAUUGGGUAGUCCACCAUCGAAAGUAUUUGGCAAUAUGCGACAAUUGGCUAAUCGAUUAAUUGAACAAUUUUGAUCUUAUUUUUGUUAUUAUAUUAUA